CCCGCUAGAAACGUAAUUCGUGUCAACCGUAACCUAACAAAACGUCCUAGUCGUGAAUGUAUUUUUGUAUUUAAAAAAAUAGGUUUUUAAGUAAAUUGGACUGAAUGGUUAUUAAAUAUUUUGAUGAUCCCUCGCCCGUGAUGGACGAUUGCGACAUAAUUUGCCUGGAUUCAUCUCAAGAGGAGACUCGAAUUGAACGCCGCCCUCAAAAUGCUUUCAGUAUUGCUCCUCCACAGCUUUGUCAGAGAUGGACCCAGGCAUCUCUGCAUCAAAGCCCCUUACCUCUGAACAAUGCCUCUUCGCAGUGGCACUAUCCACAACCAAUCAUAACCAGUGUGACAUCUUUAUCACCUCAAAAGAGUACCACUGAAUUGUACAAUUUUAGGCCGACUAGAACUAUAGAUAGGCCAGCCUAUCCAUCAAAUACUCCAAAUCCAAUCAUUAGAGUAAAACCGUUUGCUUUGGCUCCUCGUCAGACAACCAUUUUGCCCGUCAAACAGUAUUCGAGUUCUAAAGCAACCGUUUCGACAAAUGCCAAACAAUAUUCAGGUUUUAAUAAUAAGCCAGUCAAACAGUAUCCGGGGCUUCAAAUUAAAGAAGUAAGAUCGCUUUCCCCUAUAAAAUCUAAGAAUGAAGUCAAAUUUAUUACACCUAUGAGGAAAUUGGUGACAGAUGCAGUAGUGUCAUUAGCUAAAAAUGGAAAAUUAAAAAAGAACCCGGAGUGCAUUACAUUAAGUGAUGACGAAGAAGAGUGCGAAGGGAGUGAUAUUAGUUCGUUAGGUAUUAUUAAGUCAGAGGAUAUAAAGAAAAAUGAGUCUGAAGACAAUAAUGUACUGAAGGAUGAAAGCAUGACCCUUGCUUAUCCUAGUGAUGAGACUGAAAAUAGGCUCCAAUGUAGCUCUAGUAAUAGUGAGAUAGCAGACGGCAAAAGUAAAGUCACUGUUGCCGGUGAUGCAGACAAUGAAAUUAUAGCUAUUAGUGCUAAAACAGAAUCUUCUACAAGGACAACCAAUCCUUUCAAGAGACGGAUUAAACCAACAACAAUGAUAACGGAGAAAAGUUCGGAUGAACUGCUCGAAGAAUUCAUACAGGCGUGCAUAAAAGCGGAUUCCUCGGAGGACAUGCACACUAUAAUUGAUAAAAAAAUUAGGAAGCAUUACUCUAAACUAGACUCUUCAUUUAAGAAGUCAUCGUCAUUUAUCAAACUUCUGGAAGGUCUUGUGACAAAAGUAAUCAAUGACCAAAAAAACCUUUAUUGUCAUGUUUCUGACCUGACAAGUGAAUUAAAAGCUCGAAAGGACUCGCAUGAAGAUAGUGCUCCUCCUACUAAGAAACGAAAAAGUUCCGAGAAGAAGGAGGUGGAUUAUGAGGCUGUUGAAACUAAGCGAAAUGAGCUGAAGAUUAGAAAGCUGAACAAGGUCUUAGUGAAACUUGAGAAAGCUAUUCACCAGCUUGAAACAAAGGAAGUUGAUUGGGAAGUAGAUGAUGAAGAUUCACCAUAUAUAAUGCUUCAGAGAUAUAAGGAGCGAGCUGUUAAAGUAUUCGAUAAAUUAUGUGAUCUCACCAACGAAUCCAAAGCAGCAGGAAGUGGUACAAGAAUCCAUUUUUCAGGAACCUCGUUUGAAGACGUUAAUAGAUGUAUUGAAAAGUUUGUCAAUGAGACUAAACAAUUCCCUGAUUAUGUAGAUAUCUGUGAAGUUAUAAGAUCUUCAAAUGAUAAAUAUGAAAUGAAGUUAACUGAUUCAGAAAUUCAAGAGAUGGCAAGAAAAGCAUUCAAAGAAGUAGGUGAAGAAAUCCAACGGCAAAGAAAACAUGGACACGCUGAGUCCUUGUUAGCCCUAAUUCAGAAUAACGAAGAUCCGGCAGACACUGACAAGGAGCUGGAAGAACUUCUAUCAAAAAACAAAGAUAACUGGAAAAAAAUAAAUGAGGUGAUUGAUGAGUUUGCCUUGAAGGCUACGAAAAAGAAAACUGGUGACAAUCAAUCAGGCUCCAAUGAAGAGGAAGAAGAGGAUGAUAAUGAGGAGGAGGAGGAGGAUGAUGACAGUGAAGAACACGAGAAUGAUGAUGACAAAGAUGAUGAUAUUCUCCUGAAUUUAUCUUCUCCAUCUGACGACGAUGAUAAAGAUGUUGAUGAUGACGAUAAUGAUGAUAAUGUUGAAGAUACCAAAGAUGAUGUUGAAUGUACUAAAGUUGACAAGAAUGAGGAGCACCCUGAUAGUGAUGUGACUGAUGAGAAUACCGAGGUGACGAAAUCAGGAGACCCUGUAGAGCCAGCUGAUAUCCAACUGAGUCCACCUCAAUCAACUUCAGCUGCAAUUUAAAUGUUCAAAUCUUAUUUAUUUAGUGUUUUCCACUUCUUGUUUUCUGUUUGAAUUGUGUCUUCAAUUUGCUUGUGAAAAAUAUUACAUUAUAUUCUAUUUUAUUUAUAAAAA